UAUUUGCCCCUCGCUUUGAGAACUUACGAGUAGGAACGUUUAAUAAUGUUUACUAUAUUGAUAUCAAAUCUUGCUAUGCCAAUAUAAUGCGGGAUUACCCUUUGCCUUGUGGUAUUCCGGAGUUAGUAACUGAUCCGCAAGUGAUAGGGCAAAAAUUAAAAGAGGGCAAAGAGGGGUUUGUUAACUUUUUUCUAACUAGAAUGGCUACUAUUAAAAAUAACCAAAUUCCUUUUAUUCCCAAUUCAGAAAACCAAAUAAAAUCCCCAAUUGGAGGUCGUUUUUUGCUUCAUACUCAUUACUGUGAAGAACUAAAAAAAACUGAUGAGAGCCAAGGCAAAAUGUUGGCUAAUGCUUUUUAUGGAGCAGUCGGUAAAAGUAAAUUUGGCGGUUAUAAUUACCGAGCCUGGACACUAGCAGUAAAUCAUUUAGCUAUUUUACAAACUUAUUAUUUAUACCGACAAUUUAAACCGGAAAAUGUCUUAGCCAUUAGGAGUGAUUGUAUUUAUGUAAAAGGGGAAUUGCCUUUAUCUAUUUUAAAAGCAACUCAUAAAUAUAAAAUUAAAAAAUAUUCCCAAGUGGUCUUUUUUGGGGAAGAAAAUGUUUUUAUUUAUGAUACUCAGGAAUUAAAAGCCCGGUUAGGAGAGGUUUUUGAUUAUGCUUUAAAAAAAUAUAUGGAUGCAAAGUAUAUUAACAAAUUUACUAAAAUAAAAAAAGUAUUAUGUGCUAUUGGACGUUCAGGGUAUAUACAUCGUGAUUUGCAAGCUAUAAAAAAUGGAGCUAAACAGAAUGGUUUUAUAUAUACAGGAAAUCCUGUUCUGCCUGGAUUUAAAAAAAUAGAUGAGCCAGGCACUGUUAUAUCUAUUAUAUUAAAACUUGAAGAUGAACAAACAGCUUUUGGUGAUUGUGUAGAUGUAAUAUUUACAGGUAUAGCAGGAAGAGAUAAAAUAUUUAAUGCAGAAAAUCAUAUAGAUUACGUUAUUAAAGAAAUCUCACCUAAACUUGUUGGACGUCAAUUGAAUAAUUUUAGAUAUCUUGCUUAUGAAUUUGAUAAUCUUUAUGAUAAAAAUAAAAAAAUACAUACAGCAAUACGAUAUGGGGUUACUCAAGCAUUAUUACAUGCUGUUUCAUUAUCAUUAAAUUGCACAAUGGCAGAAGUUAUUUCUUCAGAAUAUAAAACUAAUAUUGCAAAUAAAUUAAUACCAAUAUUAGCAUCUUGUAAUAGAGAUGAUUUUAUGCAGCUUGAUAGAAUGAUUAUUAAAAAAGUAGAUUUGUUACCACAUGCUUCAUUUACAGACGUAAAUAAACAUAUUGGAUUAAAAGGUGAAAAAUUAAUUAAUUAUGCAAAAAUAAUUGUUAAUAGAAUAAAAGAAAUAGGUGAAAAAGAAUAUAAACCAAAAAUACAUUUAGAUGUUUAUGGAACAUUGGGAGAAUUAUUUAAAAUGGAUUUUGAUUUAAUAUCUGAUUAUUUAGGUGAACUUCAAAAAACUACUUUUCCUUAUGAUCUUCUUAUAGAAUCACCUAUUAUCGCAAAAAAUCAACAAGAACAAAUUUUAGGAUUUAAAAAAAUAAAAGAAUUAUUAAAUGAAAAAGGGUUUAAAGUAUCUUUAAUUGCUGAUGAAUGGUGUAAUACUUUUAAUGAUAUUAAAUUAUUUACAGAUGAGAAAGUUGCUGAUUAUAUUCAAAUAAAAACACCAGACCUUGGUGGUAUUAAUAAUACUAUUGAAGCGAUACUUUAUUGUAAAAAAAAUGGAAUGAAAGUUUGUCUUGGUGGUACAGCUAAUGAAACCGACCAAUCUUCUCGUAUAACUUCACAUAUUGCUCUUGCAUGUAAUCCUGAUUAUCUGUUAUCUAAACCUGGCCUUGGAGGAGAUGAAGGUAUCAUGAUAUUAAAUAAUGAAAUGUCUCGCACGCUUACAAUAGUAAACGAAAUAAAACAACAGCAACAAUAUCAGGCACAACAGGAAGUUCCUACUAAUAAUUAA